AUGGCUCAGAUCCGUUUGCUAGUGGCAGGAGUGAUGCUCUGCUCCAUCCCUGCCUGGGACUUGCCUUGGAUCCAUAGCCUAGAAAGCAGGAAACUCUUCAUGCUGUGGAGACAGCUAUAAAGCAUCCUCUCUCAGUCACGCCUGAAUGACAGAACCUACUUCAAAUUUCCUUGGAAAAGAGAGAAUAACACCCAAAUGCAGAGGACACAAGGCACCGGUUUCCACCAUGUGAUGCUCCAGCAGAUCAUCAACCACUUCAACACGGAGGACAGCUGUGCUGCUUGCAACAACACUCUCCUCGAUCAACUACUCUCUAUCCUUGAUCACAGCCUGGAACAGCUGGAGCAGACGGAAGAAGAAAAUCUGGCUUGUCCCUAUUUGGGAAUUGUUGUCUGGAAGGACUUCUAGAGAAUCAAUCCCCAUAUGAAGGGAAAUAAAUUCAGCCCCUGUGCCUGGAAGGUUGUUAGAGGAGAAACAGAAGUGUGCCUUUCCCUCAUGUAA